UGCUGCUCUGUGUCAUGUCAACAAAAUCGUAAAAAAUCCAAUGUGCAGUAACUCGUAGGAAUUAUUAACGUGUAGAUUAAAAUCAAAUUCUCGUGAAGUGCGCAUAAUGUAUAAUAAUUGAACAAUUUCUCAAUGAACUCUCAUAGUUGGUGUACCUAAUGGCUAUAUUUGAAAAACCAUCUCAAACCAAGUCUGUUGUAGAUGACACCGAAAAACUAAUCUGUACUGUUGAAAAUGCACAAAAUAUCAACAAACACACAGAAUAUAUCUUACGAGUGCAGCGAGGUCCUAGCAAGGAGAACACUUGGCAUGUGUCCAGAAGGUACAGAGAUUUUGCAGCACUCCAUUCCAGCCUUCAGCAGGCCAACAUUGACUUGCCCUUACCACCAAAGAAACUUAUUGGGAACAUGCAACCAUCUUUUAUUGCUGAAAGGCAAAUAGCAUUACAGAACUAUAUUGAUGAGGUGUUAAAACGUGAGGUGCUGGCUUUGACACUACAAGUGAGAAGUUUUUUGGACCCCAGCAACUAUUCGCUGGCCAUAGCAGAGCAAGCGCUACAAAGCGUGUCAAUUGCGCUCCGAGGCGAUGGCCGGUAUGAAUUGAAAGGACCUCUCAAUGGCAUAGGCUGGAGGCCACGAAAACACUACUUUUUAGUCACUGACAUAGAAAAUCGAUCAAAUUGCAUACUGUCCUGGCAGACCUACGGGCCUGAUAGAGCACUGAGCGACAAAGACUUGCAGACCGCAUUCAAGAGCUUACAAAGUAUUAGUCAUCCUUACAUAGAUGAUAUAUUAGCAAUUCACAAUUUAGAAACGGGUGCCUAUGUAGUUAGGAAAAUACACGAAACAGGUAGCCUGAGAGAUAUUCUCUAUGGAACUGACUACUCUAAAAAUUACUUAGCCAAAUAUGGAAAUCCCAAAGUGAGGAAGCCUUUCACGAUAGGACAGAUUGCGCAUUAUGGGUAUCAAAUUCUGCAAGCCUUGAAGUUUCUGCAUGAAAAAGGACUUCCACAUGGUCACUUGCACCCCGGAAACAUAGCAAUAGACAAUCAAAAGGCAAUGCUAAUGGACGUAGAGAACGGUCUGAUAGGCGCGUCCUGUUUCUACCGCUCGCAACUAAGGCAGCGGCGGCGAGCGUGCUCAGCAGAAGCGGUGGACGUCCAUUGCUUCGCGCUCACGCUGUAUGAGAUGGCGUUUGGCGAGCCGUUAACGGAGCCCUACAAAGACACCUACCCCGCCGGCACUGAUGAAGGAUUAGAAUCAGUCCUCCGCUUAUGCCUGUCGCGAUCGGCGAGUAAAUACGGCGCGCUGACAGUAGAAGAGUUACUUUGCCAGCCGUUGUUUGCGCGCGCACCGCUCAAUGGCUUCCUUGCACCGGAUCAUGACCGCGCGCAUUUGAAGUUCCCGCUUGCGUUGAAGGAUGAGAUUAGGAAGGCUGUGGAGCAGGUUGAGGACAGGCUUAAGACUGAACAAAAAUUGGACCGAAGUACGAAGAGAGAAGUGCGUAUCCAAGAAAUUCUUAAUUCUGAGGAAGAAAUGAAGAAACAGAAAAGACGAGCGAAGAAGCGCGACAGCGUGUGGAAGUCUACAUCAUCGCUAGCAGAGACAGUCCGCUCGCACAGCGCCAGCACCGCGUCGUCGCCCACGCCGCCCGCGCUUAGUGCUGAACCCCAAAACAACGGUCACAGCUCGGCAGCGACAAGCCCGAGCGCGUCCAACGGUCGCUCCGCUUUACUGGAGGCCAUCUGCGGCUUCGACAAGUCGCGGCUGGCGCGCGCGCCGCGGUGAGAGGCGGCCGCGCUGGCGCACCGCCUCGCCAGGGCGCUGCGCUCGGCCUCCAUGUAUGGGCUGCGCGACUCCGACGUUGACCCAUUGCUGUAGUGUUGCCACGUAAUCGAUUAUGUAUCGAUUAAUAAUCGGGGUAGGCGGGGCCUAAACUAAAAAAAUCGAUUAUUAGGUAUACUGUCGUAAAACUAAGAUUGAUAUCUACUUCAUCGAUACUAUCAAUAGCCUAUUGCGUCAGACGGUCGCCCCACUUUAGCCUAGGCGCAGACCGACCACCAACUUUAAGUUGGCCGAUAGUUGGGCCCGAUUCUAAUGAAGAAUCAGCCGAUAAUAAAUCGGUGUAAUGCGCGCACUUUUAUACAUUUCCAUACUGAUUAACAGCCUGACCCAACUAUUGGCCAACUAAUGGCGCAAUUUCACUAGUCGAUAGGGUCCGCAUGCAGCGUGCGAGUUUUCUGGAACGCGUGCCACAGGGCCCGCAAUCUAGGUGCGAAGUUUACUAAAAAAUAGAAACAGGCAUGGCGCGUCAGAAAAUCUGAAUGAUGAAUUUCAUUGGUCGAUAGCACGGUCGGUAUAAUGCAUGCGGGGAGUCCCCGCAUGCUGUAUACCGAACCAGUUAUCGACUAAUGAAAAUGCGCCAUAAAAGUCGGUGGUCUGCGCCUUGGCUUACUGGAGGCCAUCUGCGGCUUCGACAAGUCGCGGCUGGCGCGCGCGCCGCGGUGAGAGGCGGCCGCGCUGGCGCACCGCCUCGCCAGGGCGCUGCGCUCGGCCUCCAUGUAUGGGCUGCGCGACUCCGAGGUUGAUCCUUUACUCUAGUGUUGACGGGUAAUCGAUUAUGUAUCGAUUAAUAUAAUCGGGAUAGGCGGGGCCUAAACUAUACUCGACUCAAAGACUCGUGGCAAGCGGUGUCUGUCAUAAGUAAUUUUUGAAACAGAGAUGCACACUCGCAUAUAUUUUAUUAAUUAUUACGUAUUAUAAACGGCGCUAUGCCUGCCUCUGUGUGACGUUACCCAUACAUAACCAGUGUAAGUGUGAGGGAAAACGUGAUAUGCACUGUUUUAUUAUGGCACCUGCCACGAGUCUUUGCGCCGAGUAUAAUUAAUCGAUUAUUAUACUGUCGUAAAACUAAAAUCGAUACUGUCAAUAGCCUUAAUUUGAAAUGGAGGGUGGGGGCAAUCGAUUAGCUGAUAAUCGAUCAUUCGGCAACACUAUUUUGCUGCGAGUUUAGGAUACAAAGUCUAUAACGCGUCAGUGGUCUCUCUGCCACGCUAGAAGCCAUCUUCGACAAGUCGCGGCUGGCGCGCGCGCCGCGGUGAGAGGCGGCCGCGCUGGCGCACCGCCUCGCCAGGGCGCUGCGCUCGGCCUCCAUGUAUGGGCUGCGCGACUCCGAGGUUGAUCCUUUGCUGUAGUAACCCCUAUAGUGUAUCGAUUAUUAAUUGUUAGUGCAAACGGAGUC